AUGAAGAGAGAAAGAGAAGGGGGAGAAUUUGAAGUUUUGGAUAUGGUAGAUUGCUUAAUGUUGCUAUCCAGAAUGGAGGAGCCACGGCGGAAGAAUGAUUGCUUAAUGUUGCUAUCCAAAAUGGAGGAGCCACGGCGGAAGAAUGGUUUCUCUCCGACGCCGGCGGCUGAUUCCGACAAGAUUUUUGUGUGUAAAACGUGUAAUAGAGAAUUCUCAUCUUUCCAGGCAUUAGGAGGGCAUAGAACCAGCCACACGAAGCCCAAUUUCAACGCUAACGGCCCACCAACUAAGUCCAAGGCCCAUGAAUGUCCAAUUUGUGGGCUUGAUUUCCCGAUUGGACAAGCGUUGGGCGGUCACAUGAGGCGCCACCGGAACACCGCCGCCGCCGCCGCCGUAUUGAAGAAGUCUGAUGGCUGUGGGAAAAGGAUUUUUGAGUUGGAUUUGAACUUGCCGCCAUUAGAGAACAAUUUGAAUUUGAAGUUGCAAUUGAGUUUAUAG